GUGCCUGAGUGCGAGAGGGAGACAGAGGGAGAGAGCUUUAGCCUGGCUUUUCUCUGCUCUGCCUUUCAGCUCCUCUCUCACUGUAGAAAGAGGCGUGUCCAUGGACCAGUAUAAAGUCCAAGGAGAGCCACUCGUGUUGAGCCAUUCUCAGGAGCGAGUCCUUUGCACUGCACACCAGCAAGAGGAGGAAACUGCAGCUGUUACCAAAAACACGGCCUUUUGAUGACCGGCUUUGCAUCUGGACACUUGUAGACCAGAUUUUUUGGUGUUUCGGCAGAGCGCGGGCGAGCCUCGGGACUCCGACUCGAAGACAGAGCAAGCAUCACCUGAACACGGCGGGGGAUAUCCUUCCCACUCGUUCCACCUUAACAAAAAAGAAACCCCCCAAAAACCCCAAAACUUGUCCUCAUCACUCACGAGCUGAGCGCAUCAAGAGCAGGCUCCAAUUUCUGCGGUGUGAAAUUGAAUCAGAGCAACGGAGAAGCAGUACAGCAGAGGCAUUGUGUGCCUGCAUUUGAAACACUAACCAGCUGAAAAUAUCAAAGACUUUCCAGGACAAAGCGUUCCUCUCAAACCUCUUCUCAAAGUGAUUAUAAGCUGCACCACAUUCAGAAGAGAAGGAGGCCAAAGGGACCAUACACAAGGGCAAAGGAUUGCGUGCAGGUGCCGGGACUGCCAUGGUGCGUGGAGGUGGCGUCGCAGUAGCUCCGUCCUGCUGGGGCCUGUGGGUGUUUGGCGCCCUGUCGCUGGCGGCGCUGUGCUUGUCAGACCAGGCCAUUCGCUGCCCCGUUUGCUCUGAGGAGCGCCUGGCCAGCUGCCGUCUGCCUGAAGGCUGCGAGGAAACGGUGCGGGAGCCCGGCUGCGGCUGCUGCCCCACCUGUGCCCUGCCUAAAGGAGCCCACUGUGGCGUUUACUCGCCCCGAUGUGGCACGGGCCUCCGCUGCUACCCGCCGAGGGGCGUGGAGAGGCCGCUGCACUCGCUGAUGCAUGGCCAGGGGAUCUGCACUGAUGAGAGGGAGGUGGAGGAGAACUCAGCGAUGGACAGGCAGGAAGAGAUGACUCCCGAACACCCGAACAACAGCAAUAUCCGGUGCAGUCCACAGGACAAGCGGUGCAUACAGAAGACCCUGGCCCGGCACCCUCCAAAAUCCACAAACCUGAGAAGCAACAACGCCAGAGAAGACGCCAAAGCGAUCCUGGCCCCGUGUCGUGCCGAGCUCCAGAGAGCGUUGGACAGAUUGGCAUCGAAUACUCGCACACACGAUGACCUCUUCACGAUCCCCAUACCCAACUGUGACAAAAAUGGAGAUUUCCACCCUAAACAGUGCCACCCUGCACGUGACGGCCAGCGGGGAAAAUGCUGGUGUGUGGAUCAGAAGACGGGCCUGAGGCUGCCGGGGCCGCUGGAACUGCGAGGGGAUCUAGACUGCCACCAGUUAAUUGCUAGCCUGAGGGACUGAAGACGAGGGGGGAGGCAGUGGGGGUGCAGGACCAGCUGAAUUCUACUGGUGCUUAUUAGUAGAACUAUAUGACUAAAGGACUUCAUUCUUAAGCCUCACUCUACCUGAGGCCAACGGUACUUGAGCUUGUGCAACAAAAAGGAAACCAUUGAAUUGAGUUCUUUUGCUAUCUUGUUUCUGUGUGUGCAGGUAUGUGAUACGAGUCUUUUGAGCACUUGUUCUGUUUUCUUUGUAUCACAUGAACUUUAGGCCAAUAGUCCUCAGACACAUGUGCUUUAAAGUACCAGGUGGCAGAAGAAAGGCACACAUACACUUCCAGAUAACAGUUGUGGUUGUGAUCUUUGAGAAAGAGAGAAUGCAGAGCGUGUCAUUUUCUCUGGUUUAGUGUAGCAUUCUGGGAAAAAAAGCAGUCACUCCACCCAACAAUCAAACCUGAGAUUAAACAUUUGGUUCAUUCUUUCUGGAGCACUUAUUCACCUGAAUUUCUGGACAAUCCGGAAAGAUUCUCAAAAGACUGUGCACCAGCGUCGUUUUUUUUAAGUAACUUGUGGCUCUUAGUCUGCUAUUCUUUCUUUUGUAAACCCCACUCAUCUAAUAAGCCAGUGAAAUCAAACCAUAAAAUGCAUUUGCUUGCGUUUGAUAAACACAAAGUUUACUUCAGCCACGGCAUCAGAGUAGCAAUAACAGAUGGGACGAGAACGAGAGACAGAACGAAAGAAAGAAACAGGGAAGAAAAGGAAUGCAUCAACCCCUGUCUUGAAUUACCAAAAUGAUAAGCCAUAGCUUUUCACACCACAAAGACCAAAGUGAAAAGUGAGAUUAGUCUGCAAAUCUGUAUCUCACAGAGCCCAGAAUAGUUUUGCUUCAUCACCCCGUGGUUAACUCUGCACCCCCUCCCUCUUUGAGCUCUCGCUAGCAUAAAGGACUGGCAGCGUAGCUGGGUUAGAAACUCUGUGCACUGCUGAUAGGAUAAUCUUGUUUCUCCAGCUGGUGCUAAGAUGCCAGUAGGACUUGUGUUUGUAUGAAUAUGCUCCGAUGUAGGGGAUUUAUCUCCAAACAGACUGCAUGGCAGAACUUUUGGUGGUGCUACAUAUUGAUUGUGCCAAAAUACAAAAGAAAGAAAAAAAAAAGGAAAAUGUUUCUGCACUUUUUGGGUAUUGUUUCAGAUUGGAGUGAUGAGCGGAGCAAUUAGCAUCAGCAAAUGUGAGGAUCACCUUCGUCUGAAAAAGGCUUUUCCUGCAGGUUUUCAGUGUUAUUGUCAAAUGAUUAAAAAAAAAGAAAAUCCCACAUUAGCUUUGCACUAUCACUGCAGCUGCCUGGCUGAAUGUUUCAUUAGUCAGUUCUGUAAAUAUAGAAGCAGAGUGUAAUAAAGUUUAAUGAUUAAGCUCCUCGCAGCAAAGUAAACUUAUAGCCAACAUAAAAUUGGGAUUGGGUGACUGCGGCGAAGCAGUAAAGAUAACGCAGCGAUGAUGUGGAAAUAAAAAUUCCUCUGCGUUUCUGUUAUCACGCAUCUGUUGAGGAUUACAAUAAUAAUUGAAGGAGUUCAUUACCAGUGCAAAUGACACGGUUUUCCAUCAUCAGCUGAAUGGGCGACUUUGGUUGUUACUGACUCAAGAAAAGAUUGUUGUUGCUGUCGUUGUUGUUGGUGUCCUGGCGGUUUGGGCCCAGGAUUCACUAGAAAGGAGGUUCAAAAACCAAAGAACAGAACAGCAUUAACAUUAACCUGACAACGCACUGCUGUGUGGGCUAUAAUUUUAAGAUGUGUCAAAAACAAAAAGACACUUAAUACAAAAUUUUGGCUUCUUUUUUUUUUACUUUGUGUAUGUCCACCGACUGAUUUUACCUAAACAAUAUUUAAGUUUUAAAUCACGGAGCGGUACAUUCAGCUCCAAACUGAAUAAUAAACCUGCCAUGAAAAUUAGUAGCAUUCAUUCUAGCUUUUUACUUUUCCCACAGUGCAUUGGGUUUUGACUUUAUAAAAGGCAGGACAGAUAAACAGAGACUGAGAAAAGAAAAAUAAUCUAAGCUUAUCUCGUGCUUACUGGGAAAGGUAGUAAAAUAUUUAACCAGUGAUAGCUGCUUUCAGCCCAGGUCCCUGUGGAAAACUGAUAUUCCCAAUGUUAAUGUGAUCAUUUUCUCUUUAUGCAAGUCAGUCAAGAAAUUGGAUUUUAUUGGACUUAUUAUGCUCAUUGCCAACUCCAUAUCUUGAUUCUUAGAUUCUAGCAGAGCAGCUUCAAAAUAGCUAAAAUAGCUUAAAUGUAAUGCUCAUUUAUCUUACACUGGGUCCUGGUGCUGCCUCCCUUUUUAGCUCCCUUUCCUCUCCCUUUAAGCCAACUGUCCUGUCUGGCAAACAAUCAAGGAGUCUUCUGCCAUAGACUGUAUAUUAAAGAUGGAUGCAAUUUCUGAGUUUAUGGCAAUAUGGAAGAGUGCCUUAAACUUAAAGAAUAGGCAGCAGGGGGCAGGCCUCUUAAUUGUAAAAAGAAGCCCAAUUGUUUAAGUCUAUGGGAAAAUGGCCCUCGGCUCUUUGCUUUUUGACCUUAUUGGUUCAGUCACUAGUUUGACUACUUCUGUAUACAUUAUGAUUUAUAUUCCAUAAAUUAUAGUUGCCAUUAGUGUCCAGGAUACCUUAUGACUGAACCUUGUGACUAAAUGAGUAAAUGUGCUAGUGUGCACUGUCCCUCAGGUUUUGGGUCAGAUCUGACCCUGUGUUCAUGACAUCUGGUUUGAAAACACUAAGACAGCGAUGUGAAGACCCUCAUCACGAUGGGUAUCCUCAUCUUUUAUAUACAGUCUAUACGUAUAAAGCCAAGAGGGAUGAGAAACAAACAAACAAACAAAAAAUCCCAAAUAACAGAGCUUUUAGAGCACUCUGCACAUUGGACAUUGUACUUGUACACUCACUGAUCUUAUCUGAAACGUUCACCAUUAUAACAGACUAUGAGACAAAUGAAGGAAAAACAUAUUUUUUCUUUUCUUUCUUUCUUUUUUUUCCAAAUGGAAAACUGUCAAAAAGGUUUAUUAUGAUUAAACCCUGUAAUGUUUAAUCAUAAUAAACAAUUCGAGCAACAAUGACCAAACUCAGCAUCUUUUCUUGUCUCUGUGUUGUCCGAGUUUUGCUCUCAUAUAAAGCAUGAGUCAAGUUUCCACACACAGGUUACAGGGUAUAAAAGUAAUAAUAAAAAUCCAAAUAAAUCAAGCUAUGAUAAUCUAAUCACUGAAGCCAACGCUCAGUUUAAACAUUUUUAGACACAGUGCAUGUCACCGACGUGCAGUUUUAGUUGCUAGUAAAAACAGAAAUGCAUCCAAAGGUAGUUCACGUAACCACAGAUAGAUAAGUAGAAGAUGGUAUGGGUGGAGAAUAAUUGCUGCGGCUUGAGAAUAUCAAACCGAAAACUUGUUGCAAAGACUACGAGCACAUUAAAAUAAAGACGCCAGUUCUCAUUCAGUGAACUCACAAAGAUCGUUCCAGCAAAUCCUAUCUUACAAUUCAUCAACUAAUGAAGUGUUACUAAACACAUUUGUCUGUUAAAACAGUCUUAAUCCUUGUGAGAGAUGGAAAAUGGUUUUGGCUUUGACUGUGUAAAGGCCUUCUAACUACAUAAAUGGUGUAUUUAAGCUAUAGUAAGUUGCUUGUCCUCUGACUUUGCUGUACUGAACUGUAAUUACAUUUCUCGACAAUAGACUGUUUGCAUUUGAUAUUAUCUGUUAAUGUGUAGAACAUAUGAAGUAAUGUUUGCAUGCAUACAAAUGGACUGAGGUUGGGAACAGCUGAAGUCUUGUGUAUGUUUCCAGAACAGGAUUGUUAUACUUAAACACUGAAGUGAUCGAAGAACUGAAAUAUAGAGUUUCAAAUGAAAUAAUCAGCUACAGUUUAAAUGUUUUCCUGAUGAAAAUGUACACAUUGUAAUACAACGAUUAAAAUACAUUAGAAACUA